AUGUGUGUGCAGGUCGUUUUUCGAUUAUCAAUAAACAAAGCUAUCUGUGUGUACUGCCUUCUGCUGCUCGUUUGCAGCGUCCAGUCGACAGCUCCAGUCAUCCCAGACAAGGAUUGGGGCUUUGUGGGUGUGAGGACAUCUGCACACAUGUUCUGGUGGCUCUAUGGGUGCAAGAACAGGGAACAAGUUCCUCUCGUCUUAUGGUUGCAGGGUGGACCAGGAAGCUCAUCGACUGGUUUCGGGAACUUCAUGGAGAUUGGACCGCUGGAUAUAAACCUCAAGCCUAGAAACACCACUUGGACUCAGGCGACUAAUAUUCUGUUUAUCGAUAACCCUGUUGGCACCGGAUAUAGCUACGUCGAUGAUGACUCAGCAUAUACCACCGACGUUGCAGAGAUUGCUAAGGAUCUCCUCUCACUCUUCAGUGCCUUUCUUAAAACACACUCUGUUUUUCAGAAAAUGCCAUUCUAUAUAUUCUGUGAGUCGUACGGUGGAAAGAUGACAACUGCUUUUGCUGAAGUGCUUCAAGAGGCCAUCAAUGCAGGGAAUGUCUCAGUAGUCUUCAAAGGUGUGGGUCUUGGGGACAGCUGGAUCUCUGCUAUUGAUUACGUCAACAUGUGGGGCCCGUAUCUUUUUGCAACGUCGCUGGUGAAUGAGGUGGAGCUGGCUCGUAUUCAAAACUACUCUAAACAGACCGAGGCUGCGUUCAACAAUGGAGACUAUGCCAGGUCCACUGAGCUCUGGUCUCAGACUGAGGAUGUCAUUGAAGCAUUGACUGAUGAUGUGGACUUUUAUAACACCCUGCGUCAUAACGAUGACGAAGUGACGUCCCUUCAAAGUGGGCGUGGCCUCCCUCGGAUCCUGCAACGGUACAAUGCCCAAUCACUCAGUCAACUCAUGAACGGACCAAUCAAACAGAAGCUCCACAUUCCGGACAAAGUGGUUUGGGGAUCGCAAGUGUUUGAGAAACAAAAAGUGGACUUCAUGAAGGAUGUCAUCGGCACAGUGGACCAGCUACUCUCUAUGCAGGGUAAAUGUGACUGUGUACAAUGGCCAGCUGGACCUCAUCUGCUGUGCUCAAGGCACUGUGGCUUGGAUGGACAAACUCAAGUGGGAUGGACUGCCCAUGCAGUUUUAAGGCUGCUAAGAAAAUUCCCGUCUACCCUGACACUGACCACACUAAGAAACACACUGGUGGCUUUUAUCAGGCGUACAAAAACCUCGCCUUCUAUUGGAUACUCAAUGCUGGACACAUGGUACCAGCUGACAACGGAGACACUGCCCUCACCAUGCUGCGGAGGGUCAUCACUGGCUGACCACAAACAAUGUAUAGAUUGCAUAUAACAUUACUGUGACUCUAAAUCAUAUAAUGUGUUUCUGUGCUUCCAUGUAUUGUGGGGAUUUUGUGGUGAUGGUCUAUGAUUGCACAAUUUGUAAGGU